UCACUCCGCGAUGAUGGGGUUUACCCACGGGGGCAGGUCGCGGGGAGGUUGCCUUAUUACCGGCGUCCUUGCGCGCGGGGCGAUGUAAACAUCGAGAUUGCUGCUGUGGCCGGGGGAGGGGGAUCCUAACAAAGGACACCCCGGCGAAGGUCACGGCGAGGGGUGGGAGGAGGUAUAAAGGCGGCGUCUUGGCGUGGGAUCGGCGCCAGAAAUUAUCUUCACGUUGGUUCAGGAUGAAGUGCUUCGUUGUUGCGGUCCUGCUGGUGGCGAUCUGCGCCUCUGUGGUCCUGGCGCAGGCGAAGAGGCCUGCCUAUCUUCGACUGUGUUCAAGAAGUGAUCCACAGUUCGACAAAUGUAUGGUUGGGAAAGUUCAAGAAUUAUUGCCGAACCUUUUGGCCGGUGACCCCGAGCUCGGGCUGCCCUCCCUGAACCCCGUGCACAUCGACGAGCUGCGUCUGGACAACGACAUCACCGAGGAGGUCAAGUCCCGGCUGCUGGUCAGCGACCUGUACAUCCACGGCACGGACUCCGCCAAGGUCACGGGCGUGAGUUCGACGUUCGCGGACUCGCGCGUGGACCUCGACGUGGGGCUGAUCUUCCCACGACUCGUCAUCGAAGGCAACUUCCGCUCCGACGUCCGGUUCAGAGGCCUGCCUUUCAUCAACAAGGGCGCCUUCAACAUCUCGCUGUCUGACGUGAGCAUGACGAUGCGCAUGGAGGGCAAGACGUACCAGAAGGCAGGCGAGCAGCACCUGCAGAUGCAGCACGUGCGCAUGAGGCCCGAGAUCGGCGACCUCAGCAUCUACAUCUCCAACCUCUUCGGCGGCGCCAAGGACCUCAGCGACGUGGUGCUGAGCAUCGCCAACCGCUACUGGUUCAUCUUCUACAACGAGAACCUGCCCGUGCUGGAGGAGCGCUGGGACCCGCUCAUGACGGGCAUCAUGAACUCGGUGCUGGAGCGGGUGCCCUUCGACCACAUCUUCCCUCAGUAGGGGCCUCGCCCCCACCCCCCUCCCCUCUCACGAGGAUGUGUAUUAUAUGUGUGUAUGUGUAUGAUUUACCACAAAAACAAAUCAAACAGUUAAACAAUAAAAUCACGUUCUACAAUUUAAAAACAAAAA